AUGGAAGGGUCACGGUAUACAGGUUUUGAGGAUGGCUCUGAUUCAGACCAGUACAGAAAGUUGUCCCUGGACGCCCACCUGUCCAAGACGACCCGAGGAGCCAGCCCGCCGUCUGUAAGGUUCGUGCCCCCACAGGAGUUCGGCAACAGGCGCAGGAGAGAAGGAGUUGUCCACCAGAACUACAAGUUUCAAGGGUUUAAGCAGGACCAUGCUGACCAGUUGCCGUGUCCGGAGAGCACGUGGCUUGACCUGACCCGGAUGUCCACCUGUGCCAAGGAGACCAAAGAUCUCGCACAGAAGUUCGACACAGAGGGAGCUCCUACACGCAGGAAAUGGUCAGAAUUCCAACGAGAAGAAGCUCCGCGAAAUCGGCGCAUCUCAGAACAAGUGCAUGACCGACAGAGGUUCACUUCAACACGCUGUCAGCAGGGGGCGCUGGAGCACGGUCCAGCUGACACAGGUGCGACGAGACGGAGGUCAACGCCAGUAAGGCCAAUGCUGGAGCUUGUGCGCAGAGAAGAUGUGACGGAACUGAUGUUCUCUAUAAGCUACCAGCCACAUACUGAGUUGCUUACUGUCACGGUUAUAAAAGCACGGAAUCUCACCAGGACACAGUCUCAAACCCCAGACUAUAUCCAUGGACAGAAAUAUUAA